AUUCAGAAAGUAAAUUUAUUUAUUCCGCCAAAUUGUUAUGGUUGUAUCCGAAAUCGAAGAGUAGACAGUUCGCGACCCGCGAUCCGAUUAAUGCGUAAUGAUAAAACGAAGGAGAAGAAAAAGGAAAAAAAUAUUAAAAUAAUUAAAAAAACGGGAAAAAGAAUCGGAGAUUUUGGUUGGCGAAGAUUGGUUUUACUGAACGAACGGUUCAACGGCAUAAUUUCCCGGCCAAAGAGCUUCUUUCUCUGUUCUCUCUCUCAAUUUCCCCAAAUUUCUCCACUUUUCAGAUGGCUUACUGAAGAAGAAGAAGCAACGAGAAAGAAAAAGAAGAAGCUGUUUUUCUUCGCAUUGGUCGUUUUAGGGUUUCUGGGUUUGGCGUCAGUACUGUCCUCAGAAAUGAGCGCUUCCAGGUUUAUCAAGUGCGUCACGGUCGGUGAUGGUGCCGUUGGUAAAACUUGUCUCUUGAUUUCUUACACCAGCAACACUUUUCCUACGGAUUACGUGCCAACUGUUUUUGACAAUUUCAGUGCAAAUGUAGUUGUCAAUGGAAGCACUGUUAACCUGGGAUUGUGGGAUACUGCUGGGCAAGAGGAUUAUAAUAGGUUAAGACCUUUGAGUUAUCGUGGAGCUGAUGUUUUCAUACUGGCCUUCUCUCUCAUUAGCAAGGCCAGUUACGAAAAUGUUUCUAAGAAGUGGAUUCCAGAGUUGAAACAUUAUGCACCUGGGGUCCCAAUUGUUCUUGUCGGAACAAAGCUCGAUCUUAGGGAUGAUAAACAGUUCUUUAUAGACCAUCCUGGUGCUGUACCCAUUACUGCAGUUCAGGGAGAGGAACUGAGGAAGCUGAUUAAUGCACCUGCUUAUAUCGAAUGCAGUUCGAAAACACAGCAGAAUGUGAAGGGAGUUUUCGAUGCAGCUAUCAGAGUUGUCCUUCAACCGCCCAAGCAGAAGAAAAAGAAGAAUAAAGCGCAAAAGGCCUGUUCCAUAUUGUGAUUGAAAUGGGUAUAUAAGGAGUUAACGGCCUCUGCAUUACCCACGUUCUUCCUCGUUUUUUCUCUUUCCAUUGCUCUUAAAAGAAGCUCAAUUAUUGUCCCAGACUGUAAUUAGGAUCUCUGCGAAGCAUGAGGUGGUUUGAUUUUGGUUUCUUGGAUUAUUGUGGAUGUCUAAUUGUUGAAUUUGGUUAUGUAAUUGCCCACCUCUUUCUCUUACGUCCCGAUUUUGAUAUGUUUUAAUUAUGUAUUCAUAGACUGGAAUAUCCAGUUAGGAAAACAACCUUGCCUCACAUGGAUUCUAUCUAUUCCUCUAUCAUUUCAAGGGCUUGGAAUUGGAUUUCAUGCUCAGUUUAUUAGCAGCUUGCUAGUUUUUCAUAUAAAUUGUAGGUUUCUUCCA